AUGAGUAAUAAAGAAAGAAACCAUAUUCGCAAACUCACAAACUACAGGAUAGAUCAAUGGAAGAUAGAUUUAAUUCAUUUAACUGCGCUCAAUGACUUAGAUGAGAAAUUAUUCAAUACUCUCUUUCCUGCGGCUCAAAAAUCUUUAUCAAAACAUGUUAUUCCAGAAGAUCUCCUUGAGUUGCUACUAUUUGGAUUAAAAUUUACCAAUCCUAGUACAAUCGUUGAUCAAAAAGCUCAAUAUCAAGAAGGCCCAUCAGAAAAAACUCUACAGGCAGCACUUUUCGCAUCCGAUGAUGUGCUUCAAGCUAAAGGAUAUACUGAUGACUUUGGUAUAAAUAUAUGCCUUGUCAAGUUCAUUCUAAAAAGUUGCAAAGAACCAUGUACACUUUAUGAUGUUCCCAAGGAAAUCAUUUUGGCAA